GACCCUUCUGUGCAGCACUGGAGAAAGAGGUGAUUCUCAGCCGGUCUGGUUACUGCAAUGAAUGGUGACACUAUCCAUCCAGCCAACACCAGCACAACAGCAGGAGGAGGCCCAGGCGUGGCAGCGCCUCCGAGAGGCUGGAGGGAAUUCUGCGAGCUGCAUGCCAUCGCCACAGCCAGGCAGCUGGCCGGACACUACCGGAGCUUCGCCAGAGAGCGACCACAACAUGACGUUCUCCCACCGGAAACCUUCUCCAAGCAGUUCACCGACAUCUUCCAGCAACACUUCUGCUGCGAGGUCGACAAAGAUGGCACUCCGCUCAGCCAGAACACAUGCUCCAGUGCUACCGGUAGUGCCCCUUCCACCAAUCCAGUGGCCGCUCCCCUUCCAUCACAGGCUGUGAUUGGUCGAUCGCGGCUCACACCUUUGUCUGGGGUGCAGGACUAUCGAGAGGCGGGCCGGCACAGUGGAGGAGCUGCUCUGUUCACUGUGGUGUCACCGAAAGUUGAGCCGGUGGUGGUGAGUCGGGAACAGGAGCAGCCGCUGCGAUGUGCAUCGGGAAACUCCUUAUCAGGAAACCCGGUGGUGCUCACAACGUCGCUGCUGAUUCGUAGCCGUAGCAACGAGGAGAUCUCUGGCACUGAUCGUCGUCAGGUAUCUGAGCGGUACUCCUCUGACUCCUCAACCUCCAACGCUGACGUCACGCAUUUUUCUGUCAGCCAAAUCCGGCACACCGUAAGAUGGCUUCUCAAGAAACGGCCCAGCCCCCCCUCCUCCCUGGACCUGUCUCCUAGCAACCACAACCCCACCACCAACCUCAACAAUCUCCCAAAUAAUGGUGACAGAGUCGGCGGGAUUUCCUCCACAAAUGAGGGAUUGUCAUCCUCCUCAUCCUCCCGCUCUUCUUCUUGUCUGAACUCUGAAGCCACGCCCCCGGCCUCUUCACACAUGUCUAUGGCCAGAGUAGCCUCUCAUUUCCUGAAUCGCUUCCGUUCACACAUUGGAAGCAUGAGACAGAGGUCAGAGGUGAGCGGCUGCUGUAAAGAGGGCCAACUGAGGUACUUGCUGGUGGAUGACACUAUCUCAGACACUCAGCCCCGCUGGCAACGCUGCCGCCUGCUGGUCAGGAGGAUCAGGGUCGCUCAAGUUGAAGGAAGAGGAAGAGGAGGAGGGGAGAGGUACCAGUUGGAGCUCUAUGAUCCUCCAAAGGCCUCCAGUCCAAAGCUGACGACUCACUGCUCAGAUAUCCAAGAAGUCCGUCGUUGCAACCGGCUGGAGAUGCCUGACAACUUAAACACAUUUGUUUUAAAGGUUAAUCAAGGUAGUCUGAUAUUUGAGACGGACAACGACCAGCAGGUCAGCUCCUGGACCACAGAGCUAAAAGAAUGUAUCAACAACAGGUCAGGCAGUGUGGAUCUGGAGCCUCUCCCCAGCCCAGCUGACAGCUCUGCUCCAGCCAGUCACAGAGGGAGCUCAGAGUUAGGAAGUCAAAGCCCCGUCACAGUCGCCCUGCCCGAGCAGGUUGGCCAGAAGGCUGAUCACUUCCUGUUCUCCUACCCCUGGUUCCACGGGCCCAUCUCCCGCGUCAAGGCUGCCCACCUGGUUCAGAGCUCUGGCCCAGAGGGACACGGAGUGUUUCUGGUCCGACAGAGUGAGACACGAAGAGGAGACUACGUCCUCACGUUCAACUACCAGGGAAAAGCAAAGCACCUGCGCCUCUCGCUAACAGAAUGGGGUCAGUGCAGGGUACAGCACCUACGCUUCCCCUCCGUUAUGGACAUGCUCAGUCACUUCCGCCUCUUCCCCAUCCCGCUAGAGUGCGGAGCCGCCGGGGCCGUCACUCUGUCCAGCUUCGUAGUGGCGGGCUCCACCCCUCCGUCACAGGGUCAGCUCUCGGGCGCUCUUCUCGUCCCUUUCUCCCUCCAUCGGUGGAGCUCUGAGCCCAGCUUGGCUCACUGCAACCUGGCCCGUAGCUCCAGUCAGCCCCGUUCCUCCUGCUCCACCAGCACCAGCAACACUUCCAGCCCCAGAUCUGUUUCCCAGCCGGGACACCGCCCCUUCACUCGCACCAACCCCGUCCCUGACCCUCCUCCGUCAGCCCCUGCUCCUCUUCGUCGGAGUGAAUCGGUGGGGAGGAGAGCCCUGCUCCGACACCCCAACCCUCACAUCCCUCAGCGGGACUCAGACUAUGAGCUGGAGCCUGAACGAGGUCGCAAGCGGGCGAUAGACAACCAGUACAUGUUGCUCUGACCCGUCGAGUCAAACAGCUCCACCACCUCUGACAGACGUCGUCAUCUGUGAAGCUGACGUGUGCAUACAGGACACAUUUUUUUUACCCCCACCCAGCUUCACGUGGAUGUGUGAGAGCGCAUGAUGCUUACGUGAUUAUAGCAGACUCGUGAACUUUAGCGUUAAGUCUUUGUCUGAUGUCAAAACACACACACACACACACACACACACACACACACCCACACACACUCACUAUGUCUGUGCUGGGAGUGUGUUUACCAGUGUCAGACCCUCACAACCUCCACACCGAGUGUCCACAGUGAUUGUAUUUUUGGGAGUUUUAUAACAGUGUUGAGUAUGAUGAUGAUCAUGCUCGUUGUAUUGAUGUUGAGGUUCUGUGUGAGAGAGGGAGAGCCACAUGUGUAGCUGUCCUCGAGCCUGGGAAAAACCUAUUUUAAAAAUGUUUCUAUUCUUGUGAAUUAAAUGGAGUUGCUCACUUGAUUUAACUUCUUUGGCACCUAACCUGAACUGAUGGGAGGGCACUGCCUGCAAAAUUGGUUAAAUCAAGUGCUCCUUUAACAAUAUUUAAAAGACAUUUACUCUUCACACACAGAACUUUGUGUGAAGUGAAGUGAACCUUUUUAUACACACAAAUGAGAAAGCAGUGUCUACGCACUCUAUCAGAUAUUCCUCCUCUUGCGCAUUAUUAUAUAUUUAAGUGCACAAUGCUUUCAGUGCACUUUGGAAACAAUGUGUGUUUUUUCUAUACACAGAUUCUUUUGUAGAAAAAUUAAAAAAAAUUAAGUAAAAGGGAAAACGAUCUGCUCCCACCACUUCAAUUAUUGUAGAUCAGCCUUCAUCUGCGCUGUUUUUACCAAAAGCUGUGUGUGUGUGUGUGUGUGUGUGUGUGUGUGUGUGUGUGUGUGUGUGUGUGUGUGUGUGUGUGUGUGUGUGUGUGUGUGUGUGUGUGUGUGUGUGUGUGUGUGUGCACUGCUAGGUUUUCCAAAAUAGCAUUUGUAGUGUCACAUGUUACUUUUCAAGCACCAAAGGCAUUUGUACACAAAUAACUUUUGGAGUGAGCACAAAGUGUCACAUGGUCUCACAGAAAUAAGUGCUGCCACAAAGUCAAAGAAAAUGUAAAGAUAUAAUUUAUAUAUUUUUGCUAUUCUGUAACCCUGUAUUAAUUUGUAACACUUGAUACAAAGUCACCUUUCCUACAAAAAAAACCCCUAAAUAUAUUGUAUUUACAGGUGUGACAGAAGAGUAUUCUUUUCUCCUGAUAGGCAACACCAUGUAGGCAAAAUGUAUUUUGUAGCACAAUACACUUUCCACGAGUACUAAAAAUGUCAAAGUGCUACAAAUUAGAGAUGAGACAAUAAUUGUACUAUAAUAAUUUCAAUUGAUUUUGUGGCAUAAAAGGUUUUCUGUGUCACCAAAAUGGGCCUUGGCACCCUCAAGGUAAAUUUGCUACACAUAAGGCGCCCAAUAAAAAAAAAAACAUCAAUUUGAAAGGCUUCACUCCAAAGAGCGUGAGAGGGGGAAACACUCCUUUUAGAUCAAAAACUAAGAAGGAAUACAAACGUAACUUGUUUUGAAGAACAAUUGUCGUGUUAGUGUGUGGCGGUGUCCGCGCAAAAUGUAUCAAAUUAGUCCCCGAUUCAGAACAAAGAAAACAAACUGCAGGUCUGAAAGAGAUAUUUGACGCAGCUGAACUGUUUGAUAAUCUUAAUGUUUGCCCUUAAAGGGAUCCUAAAAAUAGACGGUCAUAUGAUGCAACUUCUGCAAGACGGAGCCUCUGUAGAUAUUAACAUUUAUCUUCUUGCAACUUCUUCAGGCCAACCUUGAUUCUUGAGGUAGCAUCAUGUUUCCAAAUCAACUUUUUUUACACUUAUAGCAUUAAAUAUUUUUCUUAGUCUGUUAUGUACAAGUUCAAAACAGCAGCCGAUAGGAAAACCAAGGCGGAUGGAAAUAAUAUAUUUAUACAUGUGUUUUUAAUAGAACUUCCAUGUUUGUAAUGAGGCUUGUUUUCAUCUCAGGUGUAGAUUUUGUUGUCAAGAGCUGACAUGCUACAUUUUUGUUGGAGGUUUCAUAAAGGAAUACAUCCAAAAGAUUACCUUUGCCAAAGCAAGCUAUUUUUUUAAUCUAUUGACCAGUUUGUUCGGGGUGUUUCAUCUCACCAAAGGGUUUCCGUCUUGAGAUCAGCCUGUGGCCACACUAGAUUUGUUUCUGUUACUUGUGAACUUCGUCCCUCCUCACAGAAAAUCCCAUUAAAGCCGUAGUUUUGCCGUAACCAAAAAAUGUUCUGUAAUUUUUUUUUUUUCGAUAACUGAAGCUUCACUUCAAUUUGCUAGGACUUGUCUGUCUUCUAACUUUGCUUUAACACUAACUUUAGCAGUUGUUUAAGAUUUACCUUCAAUAAACCUAUGCUUAACAUAUGGUUUAGACCUCAUUCGGUCUGGCUCCUCCCUCCUUUUUUUUAUUGUAUUUUUUUUAAAGAAGAGAAAUACAUACAUGCAUAUUUCCUCAUGAAAAUGACCAGAGUAAGUCCGCUGGGAUUUCUCCUCGUUACGCAUUAAGUCAGCGUUGUCUACCAAGGGAACAUUUUAGCAAUGGUUGUGUAGUUCUCUUUAUUGUAUCAUCAUGAUCAAGACUGACAUCUUUAAAGUGUUUAUAAGGGGAACAAAAACAAGGAUGUUUUUGGCAAAAGUACGGUUGGUCUUCCUGCCUUCAUGGGGCCCGAGUCUAAACAAAUCCCUCAUCACUUCAGUUUUAUUUCUGCUAAAGGAAAGCAACGGUAACAAUAACUAUUUUGACUAUCAGUCCCCUCUCUUUGCUGAUAUUUGUUUUAUUUUUAGGGAGGAUGACUGUGCCUUUGCCAGAAAGCUGCUGUUGCUUUUCCCCUUUUCUUUUUUUUUUUAAAGCUCCGGGUGUGAUAUGGUGCAGAACUUGUGUAGUGCAAUAUCAGAGACGCCCAGUGUUUCACACCUUUUCAUGUACGAAAGACGCGAUCAGAGGUUUCUAGAUGGAUGAAUUAAGAAUUCAAUGUUUGCACCUGCUUAUAGACUGAAAAAAACCAUGUUUUGAUAAAUGCCAAAGUUCCCAGAAAACAAUGCUAUAUUUAAAACCAGGGCUACCGCAUGUUCCUACUGUUUUGUGGCGUUUCAUUUUGUGUCAUGGUUCAGUCCAAUUUGUCUUCAACAAUCGAGUUAACACUUCAAAUAAUCCCUGUGUACCUCAAGUGUCUUUAAUCCUCAACAUCCGCUCCAGCAACACCUUUCAGCUCCCCCGUAUGUUUAUUUUUAAAUGUCCAGUUGAUGAAUGUAAUGUGUUCUCAAUACUGUUCAUCCUGUUUGUUAACUCAGCACUGUAAACAUUCCAGUUCAACCCGACAUCCUCUCAACGGCCACAACAGCUUUUUAAAAUCUGUCAGUGUUUGCAUCCCUUUCAGUUAUAAGCAUCUAAAUUAUAUUAAAUAUAUAUAUAUAUAUAUCAACUGUAUAUUUGACUUUUUGUAAAAUAAACCUAACCAAAAAAAAACAAAGACA